CCUUUAUCAGAAAUGAGUUUAAAGUACCUUUGAGACACAAACAGUUUUUGCUCUGUUGUUAAACUGAAUAUCUUAUUUCUGUGAUUUUCUUGUGGAGUAUUUUGUUCCACAUCAAAGACUGAAAGUCCCGAGUCUGGGAAGAAACAUUGUCAUUGCUUUUUGUGUUGCACCCAGUGGGCUGCUGUCAAACAUUUGUUGUGCAUAAGGAUGCUGACCAGUUGUGUAGGUAAAAUAAUAAUAAUGUUUUAAAUUUCAGGCCAUGUUACUGGACUGGGCUGCCGUGUAUAUUGAUGGUCAGUGGUAGUCCAACAUGUAGUUUCUGCUUCAGGGCGCCAGACCAUGUGACUACAGCCAUGCAACUGGACUUGACUUCAUAUUUCGUCACAGCAGAAGCAGCCAAAGUGGAAGCACUCCCCACAGCCAACCAAUCGUCUGCUCUGCAGUAAGGUGAAAACAUGGAGACAAACUGGUUGAACCAGAAACCAGUUCAGAAACGCAAGAAAAUCAGAGGGAGAGACAGAUUUACAGCAGAGAGAGAGAGAGUGUGUGUCUGUGUGUGUGUGUGUAUGAGGCCUUGGUGUUUUAUUUUUAAAUCUUUUCGUGGUUCGCAAAUGAAAAAAGAAGAAACGUGAAGCAGAUGUGAUCCCCGCAGCCUAAAUACCAAUAUCUGAAAGACUGCUGUGAAGACGGAAUAACACGUCACAAGGAUUAAAGAGUUUUGCAGAACAACAAAAUGAGCCACAGUGAAAAAGCUUCAGAGCAAAAGGAUGAGACAGAGACUGAAAUACACGAAGACGACAAACUUCACCCAGAGGACAGUAACGGUAAGGAUGAUCAGGUGAAAGAUUUACUCAAGACGAGUCAGACGGAGAAAAGGUCGGUCAGCCCGCUCACGCUUUUCAAAGAGGACUUGAGCCAGUUCAAAGAAGGACUGUUGAAAGUGUUCAAGGACAAAGACACAAAUCCUAAAACAACACAGCCACCAGAAAAGCCGAUCAGCACUCUGACUCUGCUUAAAGAGGACUUGAAUCAUUUGAAAGAAGACAUCUCCAGCAUCUUCAGAAUCGGCCUUUCAAAGGAGCAUGAAGACAAAGAUGGUGCUGCAAAGGUAGACUCCUCCAAUGCUGUCAAGAUAAAAGCCACUGAAGCUGAAAGAAGUGACGAGUCCCUCCUGAAUCUGUUCAAGAGAGGUAAUCUUUCAAAGAUUACCCAAAAACCAAAGGAUAGUCAGGAGGUUAGGAAGACACUCUCAGUAAAGGCAGAGGAACAAACGGAUAAUGGAGUUACGAACAAAAACCCAGUUAGCACUGAGGAAACUAAUAACAAUACGACGGAGAGGCUGACCGACUCAGACGACAGCAAGCUGGAUGCAAAUGUUUCCCAGGAGGCAACUGAGAGGAGGAAGGCUUCCUGUGAAACACAACACAUCCAGGAGGCGAUGCAUGCAUCAGAGAAAGUUAAUCAGUUAAGUGAGAACGGGAAGGGGGGACAUGACUCGUCAGCGGCGCCAGGAGAGGAAGAGGAAGAGGAAGAAGAUAGACCUUCAGAAACAGCUCAGUGUCUUUUGAUGUCCAGGCUCACUUUGAUCACUGUGGGAAACUCCGACAAAGCAGACCUCAAGGAGUUGCCAGGAGGACACCUGUGGGCACUGAAAAACUUUGCCUACUACCUGACCCUUGACCCCAACACUGCCAACUCUGAGAUCCUUCUAACUGACAGUAACAGGAAGGCAACUCGCGUCUGGUCAGACCGUCAAUACUCAGAGCAUCCGGAGCGGUUUGAGUACUGCCCUCAGGUGCUGUGCAGGGAGGGACUGCUCGACAAGGUGUACUGGGAGGUGGAGUGGAGUGGUGGUGCUGACAUCGGUGUCACCUACAACAACAUCUCUAGAGAUGGAGACAUGGUGAACUGCCUGCUGGGACACAAUGAGCGUUCCUGGACUCUGGAGUGCACAGAGGGAAGCUACACUCCAUGUCACAACAGAAAGAGGUUAAAGUCGCUCUCACCCGAGAACUUCACCCACAGAAUUGGUAUCUAUCUAAACUGGCCUGCUGGUGCUCUAUCCUUCUACUGCGUCUCUCAGGACAUGAUGGUCCACCUCCACACUUUCAGCUGCACCUUUACUGAGCCGCUGUACCCGGGGUUCUGGGUGUGGGCAUACAACGGCUCAGUGUCUCUCUGUCAUGUGGAGUUAGAGUGGGAACAUGCACUAAAGUGACAACAGGAUGACCCCAUGAUACCCAAAUUAGACUUUUUUUCAUGGCUGAGAGCAUCAUGUGGAGUUAUUCAUCAGUGUUAUUCAUUGUUGGACCAAUGCAGUCUCCCUCCAUGCUGUAGGAGAACUUCUGAGGGCAAAUUUUCAGGGGAGGGGGAUGAUGGGGCGGGGCUUCAGAGGUAGAUUGGGGGCGGGGUUUCAGGAGUUGGACAAUGCAGUGAGAGCAGAGAUGCAAAAACUAUACCCACAGCUUUGCAAAUAACACGUUAUGUAAUGAAACAUCAAACUACAUUGAUAUAAACACGACCUCCUUAUUCUGUCUGAAUUUAUGCUGAUAUCUUUUCAAAAAUCACGACAUUAGAUCACAGCAAUCAUGAAUACUAACCUUUCCUCCUUUUUUCUAGCAACAGAUUUUUACAUAUUUCUGCUGUUGGUCACCCACAAGAAAAAAAUCCACCAGCAUCAGACACCAGAAGCCUUAGCCAAUCACAGCUCUUAUAGCCGCCAUGUGACGUCUCUGCAUCCAAUUAAAGCGUCUACAGAAUUCACCACUAACACAUUUAAUGCAUAAAUAACCUGUAGAUUCACACCCUGCUGUGUGUGUGUUAGAGUGUACAGUAUA